ACCAAACACAAACAGCAAGCUGUGUCUUCAUCGUCACCUGAAGAAGCCAACCAACGCUGAAGCAAGUGCCACCAAAGCCAACCGGUGUCGAAGCCUUCCGAUGCUGAAGCCAACCGUCGCCGAUAAGCAGACCGUCACUGAGAAGCAGACCGUCGCCAUUAAGAGAAGAGAUCCGUCGCGGUUAUUAGAAGAGAACCGUCGCCGAUAACCCAAAAAAAAACCAACCGUCGCCGAUUUGGUCAUUUCGUCGCCGAUUUCAGAUCAUUCCGUCGCCGGCAAGCAUUCCGUCGCCGAUUUGAGAGCAUUCUGUCACCGAUGAGCAUUCGUCGCCGUUAAGAGAAGAGAAGCAAACCGUCGCCGUUAAGAGAAGAGAACCGUCACCGAUAACCCAAAAAAAACCCAACCGUCGCCGAUUUCAGAUCAUUCCGUCGCCGAUGAGCAUUCCGUUGCCUAUUUGAGAGCAUUCCGUCACUGAUUUGAGCAUAUCUUCACUGCUUAUUGAAAUGCCUUUCUGAUAGGAACCUUUUGGUUAGUGAUUGUUUGGGUUGCUGUGGGGGAAUAGAAAGAGGCUUAGAUCUGUGAAAGUAAAAGACUAAAGUUUAGCCAACAAAUCAGACUUGUACUCUUAGCUUGAUCAUAGCUAAAUUCACAUUAUUUGCAAUAACUUUGGAUAUUUUCUGAAAGUUGUAAGCUUAGCUUGAGCAAAUCAAACAUGGAUAAAAGUUGGAUGACAAUGGGUAAGACACCCGAUGGCAGAUUAAGUCAUCCAUAUAUUGAAGGGGUGAAUGCAUUUAUUAAUUCUGCAAGAGCGGUUGUGGACUUGAGUGGUAAUAUUCCGUGUCCGUGUAUUCACUGUGUGAAUUGCUAUCGACAAUCUCCUCAAAUUGUGCGUAUCCAUUUGCUUCAUCGUGGAAUUAUGCAAUCUUAUAUUAAUUGGUAUAAUCAUGGAGAACCUCGUGUAUUGAACGAGAACAUUCAUGAUAAUGAAAUGUCGGAUGGUGAUCAUAUGGAUGGUAUCGAUGCCUUGGUAGAUGACCGAAUUAGAGGGGAACCAAGAAAUGCAACCGAAGAUGAGGAGGUGCGUCAUUUUGACAAACUUGAGGAAGAUGCAAAACGUGAGUUGUAUCCGGGUUGCACUGAUUAUAGUAUCUUGAAGUUUGUUAUUGAGAUGUUGAAUGUAAAAGUAAUGACCAACUUGAGUAAUAAGGGACUUGAUAUGAUGCUAGAAUUGCUGACAAAGGUUUUACCGAAAGGUAACUUGGUUCCAAGGUCAACUUAUGAAGCAAAGAAGAUAUUACGUGACUUGGGUAUGUCAUACGAGCAUAUAGAUGCAUGCAAAAAUGAUUGUGCAUUAUUUUGGAAGGAAAAUGAAAAUCUUGAUAAAUGUCCGGUGUGUGAGGUGCCUAGGUACAAAGAUACACGUACCCAAGGUAAGAAGAUUCCUCAUAAAGUAUUGCGUUACUUUCCGUUGACACCGAGAUUGAGGAGAUUGUACAUGUCAAGCCAAAGAGCUAAGGACAUGAGAUGGUAUAUAGACAAACGUGUGGACGAUGGGAUAAUGAGGCAUCCGGCUGAUAGUGAGGAGUGGAAGGAAUUUGAUUUGCAACAUUCUGAUUUUGCCCUCGAACCUCGCAAUGUAAGGUUAGGGUUGGCUACAGAUGGAUUUAAUCUUUUUGGGAAUAUGAACAAUAAUUAUAGUAUGUGGCCUGUCAUACUUAUCCCCUAUAAUUUACCGCCUUGGUUGGUUAUGAAGGAGCCAUAUUUUAUGUUGUCCUUGCUUAUUCCCGGUCCCCAUCAACCGGGGAAUGAUAUUGAUAUUUACUUGAAACCAUUGGUUGAUGAGUUGAAGGAGUUGUGGGAAGAAGGUGUAGAAACUUAUGAUGCUUAUAGUAAAGAGCAUUUUCAGAUGCGUGCAACUUUGUUGUGGACAAUACAUGACUAUCCUGGAUUUGGUAACGUAUCCGGGUGGAGGACAAAGGGUUAUCAUUCUUGUUACACUUGCAACGAUCAACCAUAUUCAGUGUAUUAUAUGUUGUGAUUAAUUAAGUAUAAAUAACUAAUACUCGAAUGUUACUUAAUUAGACAAAUAAUAAUGACGGUCAAGUUCCUGAAUUGGCAAAAAUCUACAAAGAUGUUCAUUUUAAUCCAAAUACAAAUAGGUGGAUACAGCCUGAGGAUGAAGCGACAUAUGAAACUAUUCUUAAAGUGCAAGAGGAUCAUUGUCAAGAUCCUAAUGCAAUUCCCCUUACACAAGAGGAGAUCUCAAAUUUGGUUUUUAAGAAGAAAUCCGGUAUUGUAAAAGGACUUGGCAUGAGACCUUCCUCUUCUCUAGUAACCACUGCCUCAUCUAAUUCCUCGGUGGAGUAUAUUCAUCGUUUAGAAAGUGAGAUAAUUGAGCUCAAAGAGGCAAGAGCCAGGGACGAAGAGGAGCGAGCUAAGGAGCAAGAGGCACGAGCUAAGCAAGAUGAGGUCCAAAACAAUAUUCUUAAUUUUUUGAGGAGCAAGGGUUAUGAUGAUGCUUUUACUUAUGGAGGUGGUUCAUCUUCAAGCUAAAUCACUUAUUGAUUUCUUAUUGGUGGAUUUAGGGGAUUUCCUUUAGGCAUUAUUUGAAGACAUAUGAGGACAUCUUCCGUUAGUUCUAAGUAUAUUGUGCCACAUUUUUUGUAUUGUUAUAAAACAUCUUAAGUUAUUGUAUGUGUUGCAAACAAUUAUUGUAUGUGUUGCAAACACUUAUUG